AUGGAUCAAUUGCAGGCACUCUCACUUCUUAAAAGUUUGAAAGUGGCGGGUUGCCCAAACCUGAUGGCCCCACAGGCAGAUAUCAGUUUGCCAUCGUCUAUCAGAGAGUUUUAUGUUGAUUCAUGUGGUGCUUAUGAGACUUAUCUCCUCACUUCUUUGUGCAGCCUCACUUCUCUUACUACUCUGUAUUUAUAUAAUUGUGCAAUGACAGCCCUUCCUUCGGCAGAUAUUUUUAGGAGUCUCACCACAGUGCAGCAUUUGUCAAUUGUGGACUGUGACGAGCUUGCUGCUUUAGACGGGAUAGAAGAACUGACGUCCCUUAGAGAGUUAGAGGUCUAUGGAUGUGCCAAACUUCUUGGCGUCCCGUCUAUGCAAAUGUUUCAAGCUUCUGAUCCCAGUCAAACUGCUACUGUAUAUCCUUCACACCUUGGAAAACUUGAGAAACUAGGAAUCAGCAAUCCAUUUCUCUUGCAGUUGGAACCAUUGAGAAGAAUCAACUCAGUUGGGUAUUUGAAUAUUGAGAACAGUUCUAGAUGUUUACCUGAGGAGUGGUUGAUGCAAAACUGUAACCAUCUUAAACGCCUGGGAGUGCAUGAUGCUUCGUGUCUGGAGUUUCUACCAUCAAUCAUGGCAAGGCUCACCUCCCUCGAAACACUGGAAUUUAAAAGAGCUAUACUGAUCCAGUCACUUCCAGAGCUGCCUGCCUCCUUACGGGUUUUACAAUUCUGCGGUUGUCACCCUGUACUGAAGCAACGAUGCAGGAAGAGAAGAGGCCAUGACUGGCAUAAGAUUGCGCACAUCGGCCUGAUGUGCGGAUUUUUGAACAGGAUUCUCCAUUACCAUAUACCUGGAAUUCCUACUAUCUUCUUCCUUGAUUCGUGUAAAACUCUGUCCUAUAUGUAUCGGGUGUUCACACUAACGUGAAUGUGAUCCCUUGGCCUUUCUGGGAGCCAAGAUCACCUCCGGCGACACGCAGGUACUCUGGGCAGCCACGUUCGGCACCGCGACGACCUGCCCGUUGGAGCACGGCGUCGACCGGACUCCGAUGACGACACCCCGCUCCACAAGGGUA